AUGAGCGUGCCCGCAAGCCCGGACAAUUACGAGGGCGAUUGGUCCCAGGCAGAGCCACGCUCUCCCGCCGAGCGUACCAGCAAACGACGGCGCACCGCUUCCUUCCGCCAUCCUGAGAACCAGGAGACGGGCUUGAUGAGGGAUGGCGGCAACCCGGGGCUGCCUCGGUUUGUGGGUAGCAGCAGCGGCAUACAUUUCGUCCGAGCCGUAUACGGUAUUCUCUCCCGCAGCACUGGCCAGCAGCUCAGCGUCUCGCAGCUGGUUCCGGGCGAAGACGACCAGCUCGACGACGGCCGCGAGUCUGUCGGCGCGAACCCGGCCACUCCAGGGACGGGCGCCCGUGCCCCCUUCUGGCAGUCGGACGAGGUACUGCCGAGUGGGAACCCAAUGGCCUCGAAUGUUACCUUCGAGGCCUUGAUCACCUGGACGAAGAGUUAUUUCGAGAUCUGGCAUCCGGUUUUCCCGUUCCUGCACGGCCCCGAGGUGGUGGAGAUCCUGGAGCAGGUCGCCAACAACGGCCUCGAGAACAUCUCGCCUCAAGAUUCAGCUAUAGUGAGAGCAAUAGUCUCUAUCUCCUUGGCAGAUUCCCGUCAACUAGGCACUGCCAAUGCUCCAGGCCCAGGACCAGUUCCUCUGGACCUGGUUUUCUUCAGCCUUGAUCACGUAGCCUCAUCUCUUCACUUCAUCCUAGGGACGCCAGCGUCACUCAAGAACAUGCAGGCCGCUCUCUGCGUCGAGCUCUUCCUGGUCAGCAUGCUCAAAUUCAACAUGGCCUCCAGGGUAGGUGGUGUAGUCGUCAGAAUGGCGUACCAUCUCGGCCUGCAUAGAUGUCCGCGGCGUUACCAGAAUUUCAACCCACACGAGGUAUCAAUGAGGAAACGCAUAUGGUGGUCCUUUUAUUGCUUGGAAAGACUGGUGUGCCAGGCUCUGGGCCUUCCCCUCGAUGUUCAAGACUCCGAUGUCGACGUUUGCUUCCCGCAUGAUGUCGAGUACCACCAAGCGGCUGGGGCUGGGAGCGAAGACGAGUCGUACAAAGAUGAGUCCAAAGGCAUGUCAUUCCAGGCAUUCCAGCACCCUAAUGUUCCACGGCUUACAUUGCGUUGGGUAUUAGAUCAAUUGCAGCUCCUCACACUUCUGUCUAAGCAUGCACAGAUCCGGGGCAUGAUUCUUGAGCUUCGUCACAAGAGCCUGCAUGUUAGACAAGAUACACUGGACCGAUCACUGCACGUCCAGUCAAAGCUUACAAGAUGGACAAACGACGUACACGACGCUCUCACCGGCGAUCACACGGAUGAUGAGGAUCAACCGGGGCAUGCGGUAGUGGGACAGCCUGGUGAUGAACGCACACCCCCCUUGUACCACUCUUUACUCCUGGUCCUGCAGCAUGAGUCUACCAUUGCGCUCAACAGGCCACUCUUGGCCAAGACGCCUCGAACUUCGGCAUCCCAGGCAGCCCUCGAGGCUUGCAUUGGUGCUUCGAGGGCGAUUCUUGAAACGAUCGGUAAUCAGCAGCUCAGCCAUACCGGCCACACAUCCUCAGCAGCGGUCAUGGUCUGGCCUCUUCUGACGUGGUAUGCCAGGCGGACGCUUCGCAUCCUUGGCCAGCUCUCCAAACGGGGUACAUCAUGGCCCGAUUCUUGUGCUCAAGCAGUGGAGCAUUUGAUUGCCGCUUUGGAGAAGAGAAAGUCCAAGCCAGAAGCUGUGUCCGGCUCCGGCGAGGAGCCUUCUGCUAUCAACUCAUCUCCUUCAGUGGGACGCUCUACACGAUCUCAUGACAGAACUACCAGUACCGCUGCUGGGAAUGCCAUCCGAGAGGGCCAACAAAGUAAUGAGAGUCAAAGUACGCCAAGCAGCCAGACACAAGCAAAGAGACAGCGGGUCGGCAACGUAUAUCAUCCAAACAGGCUUGGUCAUGGCCCGAGACUUGUAGAAGCCACACGACCCUCUCCCUUGAUCCCCCAGCCACCAGAUGCCACAGAAUCAUACGGUGUGGUACCGGGGCCCAACGCAUGGAAUCCGGGAGUGACCACGACUCCGUACUUUAUGCCGGAAGAAACAAACACGUUCAUGGAUCUGGGCGAGCAGGACUGGUGGGACCCUCUCGGCGCACUGGACUUCUCAAACUUCGCCCAAGCUGGUAGUGCGGACUCCACAACAGGAUUCGGGUUUUACUGA